AUGAUAUCCGAGAAUGGCACAGAAAUACUCAUUCUUGACGGGGGUUUGGGUACAACCCUUGAAGAUGUGUUUCACAAAAAUAUCUCUACCCCUUUAUGGUCUGCGAAGCCCAUUGACGACGAUCCCGAAACCAUCAUCGAAGCCCAUCUGGCGUUCCUGCGCGCAGGGGCGGACGUGAUCCUCACAUCAACGUAUCAAUGUGCCUGGGAGACGUUCGAGCGAUCGGGAUACUCGCGCACCGACGCUGUGCGCAUCAUGCGCAAAUCGGUCGCCCUAGCGGUGGAGGCUCGUAGGCGUUACUUACUCGAUGAGCGCAACGAUGGGAACAAGGACACUCCGCAAAAACAUAUCAGGAUUGCCCUAGCACUGGGUCCAUACGGUGCAGCGUUACCUCAUGCCCAGGAAUUCAGUGGAUUGUACCCUCCUCCUUACGGGCCGAAGGGGUACACUCCCAACGAGAAGAAUUACAAUGCUUUCGGGGAUUUGGACGCGGGCGCUCGCAGCAAAAAAGCUGCGAUUGAAGCUCUAACAACGUUCCAUUUGGAGCGGUUGCGAGUGUUCGCCGAGGACAAGGACACGUGGGACGCCAUCGACUUCGUCGCUUUUGAAACGGUGCCUUUGGCCAGAGAAAUAACCGCGAUACGAAGGGCCGUCGGACUACUACUGGGGGAAGUAGGAGCAUUGCAGAUGAAGCGCUGGUGGAUUGCCACAGUAUACCCUGGCGGUCAUUUUCCAGGAGAGCUGAGUCCCGGAGGGGGGAAACUGACGGUCCAGGGGGUAACAACGAGCGCAUUUCGAAAGAACGCAGACGCUGCGUUGCUUCCAAGGCCUAUCGGGUUCGGCGUCAAUUGUACAAGCAUAGAAUUCCUUCCCACCUUGCUGCAAGAGGCAACGGAUACCAUCCAGACAGUGUGCAAUGACGAGGACUACAGACCGUUGUUGGUGGUGUAUCCAAAUAGAGGUGAUGUGUUUGAUGCAGUCAACCACACGUGGCACCCGAGCGACACGCAGACACAAGGAGGAGCAUGGGCGAAGUACCUCUGCGAUAUAGUACGACCUGUGAUGGAACGAAACAUAUGGGGAGGGUUGAUUGUAGGGGGAUGUUGCAAGACAGGACCGGAGGAGAUCGCAGCGUUGGUCCGACAAGUAAAGUCAAGAGACGAGACAAAUUAG